AUGAAGCCGGGAAAGGCACCAGAACCUGACUAUAUCUCAGUAGACUUUCUGAAGUCGGCGUUCCGCACCAUCAUGAAACAGCUCACCAGGCGGUAUAACAGGUACAUGGACGCGCAGGAGGUCCCGGACCAGUGGAAGACGUCAAGCGCGGCAUCAACGUCGACGGAAAGAAUCUAUCUAACCUACGAUUCGCAGACGAUAUUGUCCUUUUCAUUCAAAACUCAGCAGAGCUACAGCGGAUGGUGGUGGAACAACGACGGCAAAGCUAUUGGCCUCACGAUGAGCCGGAGCACGACCGAGGUCAUUCGCAACCAAUGGGCAGAUGCGUCACUCAUCGAUAUCGAAGCGUGCGCUAGCCGGAUACGCGAUUACGUUUACCUUUGGUCGACACAUUUCACAUGGCGCAACAAUUUUGAAUUCAUUGACGACGGCAAGAAAUUAGGAACGCAAAAAAUGCGCACGAACCCGGGCAAUGGACGCAAAACAGAGGCGGCCCAGCUCGGCAUUCACGAUGCCGUAAUACACGCGUGGAAUGCAAGGAAGAGAUGGGCCGCACAUGUGGUCAGACGUGCGGACGAUCGGUGGACCACUCACAUCACACUCUGGUAUCCGAGAGAGGAGCGCGCGAAGGCUGGGCCGCUCUGCAACCGUUGGGAGAGACUCUGGAAGGGCAACUCCAAGAAGCUGCAGCCCAACAUUGGAUCCAAAUCGCUCAAGAUCACAAAUAAUGGAGGGAAGCGUGUGCUUGUCGCUGAAGAGAACCGGCUGAAAACGAGCGUUCAAGUAUCCGAGAAUCUCCUUGUAGACAAACGUCGAGAUACAUUCGCACUCGAGUGGUUGCGCAAAGGGAAAGAGAAUCUGUGGCUCAUCUAG